GUAAUAAAUGGCUCCCCGCGCUAGUCGCAGUUGUCAAAAAGGAAAGUAAAAAGACGGUACACACCCUUUUGCCGCAAUAGAGACGGACACAGGAUCCAGUUUCGGUGUCGGCCUUCUAUCCAGCCCUUUGCGUUUUUCCGCUUUCGUGGCGUAACAUCUCGGACUAACCUGGAAAAAAAAUCUCUUAUUAUUGUGUGUGUUGUUGUUUUGAAAACUCCCUGAAACAGUGCAAAAAGAACAGAGUGUUGAGGAAACAGUGAACUAUAAACUUAAUUGGACUUUAACAAAGUGGUAUUAUAUUAAAAUUAUUUAUUUACGUUUUUCGGUUUUAGAAUUCCAGGGGUUUUCGAAAAGCCAUGCCUGAAAAAAGCCGCCAUGAUUUCUUUUGGUGUAUUGACAAACUAAAACUAGAAGCCGCUUACGUCGAUUGACUGAUAACGUAUCGUCAACUAACGAUCGGUGAUACAAAACAUAGAGAACGUACGUCGUAACUAGAACGAACUGUGAAAUGUCUGUCGGUUCCGAUUGUUCCGAAACCGAGUAUUUCAGUACAGCUUGCGUCGCCAUUUUGCAAUUACCACAGUAGGAUAAAGGUAGAGAAAAUUUCAAAAUCGGGGUAAUAUUUUUUUUUUGUUUUGUAACGGUGCGGUUCUCUGGAUUCUAAUUUUCGUAAAGUGUUGUGUUGAAGUGAACUGUGGAUUAAAUUUUAAAGGAAAAUGGAUCAAAUAUGACGCACCCCAAUUUUCAAACUAACGGAGCUAGUUUAGAGGAUUGCCACACAAAUUUCUUUGCUUUGACCGAGCUCUCCGGCAUCAAAUGGCGUAAGCUGACCUGGUCGGAACCGGGCGGCGGCAGUCACGGUCCAGGUCACCACCACCACCACCACCACCCGAAUCACCACCAUCACGUACCCGGCGAACCGUUGGACGAUCCGGUGCUGCGCAGUUAUGCCCGGUGCCUGGCCGCCGACAUUUUGUGCGUGUGGCGGCGCGUCUGGGGCGGCCCGCGACCGCCCGCCGACGCUUUCGAACCGCCGCCGCCGCCCGCGCAACCGCCUCCUUUGAGUUUGGCUAGCGCUAAGGAGUUGUGGAUUUUUUGGUAUGGAGAGGAACCGGAUUUGAACGAGCUGGUGGCGCCUGAAUUGAAUAUGAGCGAUUGUGAACAAGGUUCAUGGGAAAGCGGCCUGUCCUACGAAUGCAGAUCCCUACUAUUCAAAGCUUUGCACAACCUAAUCGAACGUUGUUUGCUAUCGAGAGACUUCAUACGUCUCGGAAAAUGGUUCGUGCAACCCUACGACUAUCCGGCACCGCGUUACGACCCCACCGAUCCGGAAAACCCCAACGGACCCUCGCCCGAAGCUUACACGACACCUCCACCGACAGCCGGACAUUUGUCGUUUUCUUUUGCCUUUUUUGUACACGGCGAGACUUCGGUUUGCGCUAGUGUAGAUGUACGGCAACAUCCGCCUGUACGGAGACUUACCAGGUGGCACAUGCAGGAAGCUCAGUCUAAUACUGGAGGAAUCAAAGUUAUCCUGGCUCCAUUUGGCCUAGCCGGUACCCUGACCGGUCAAAGUUUCCGAUCUCCAGAUUCAACAGCCAAAUUUCUAGACGACUGGAGUCAUUUUUACCCUUUGGACAAGAGCUCAUCACUCACUGACAGUAGCGUUGUUGAGGUUAUUGUAGGAGGAGCCAAAAUGAGGUAUCCGUCAUGUUACGUUAUGGUAACAGACUUAGAUGACAAUGCCAACCAGCCAAUAAGCAAUAUGAAUGGCAGUAUUGCACCAACGACCAAUGAAAGACUUACCAAAUCAAAUUCCACUGCGAGCGGGCCAAAUUCACCACUGACAGUUCCCACUCCAGCACCUUCGCCUAUACAAAUUAACAGUCGAGUGCCCCAGCCUGGACCUCAUACCGUUUCAGUGGAACACAUCAACAGCAUGUCCAGAGAACAAAGUGCGGCUCAAAUUCUUCCGGAACGGACGUGGCAACAUUGUCUUUGCGGUGGCGGUUUGAACGGUGAAAAACCGAGCAAAGAGGAUGGAAAUUGGGAUUUUGUCGAGCCAACGAGAAAAGCAAUUUGUACCUGUGUAAAGCCUAGGAAAUACAGUUCGAAGUGGACUGUUGCAACGUCGCCGAGGACACAAAAACUUUCAAAAAAUCGUGUUCCUUUUCACAGGAGGUCGCCGACACCCAAAUUGGAAGCGAAAAGGCCUCAAACGGGUGCUUCUUCCAAUUCGCAGUCACAAGACUCAAGAACUUGCAUGGGCGGUUCGUAUACGCCACAAGGUGGCCCACCAUCCUACCCGAGAACCCAGGAAAGCAUGAUUGUCAACUCUGUAGGCAGUCCCGCUUCAGUGGCGCCCUCACCGUUACAAGGACCCCAUUCUCAACCAGCUUCGGUACCACCAGCCGACGCUACAAUGCCAACUUUGUCACCGAACCCGCCAAUUUCGGACCAAUCGCCUUUGGUGGGCGGAGAUAAGACGCAUACGCCGCCUGACAGUGUUCGGCUGCCACCCAAAAGUGUGGAAAGUCCUUCGAAUAGUCCUGCGGGUGGUAAAUGCGAGGAAAAAGUCGGAUUAGGGAGGACCAGCGAGGAUUCGGAGAAAAGUAAUAGUGGGCUUGUGCCUUUGAAAAGGCCAUUGUUACAAAGUAAAGAAUACGAAGUGGCUCUUGGCGAAGAAGAAAGCACCUUAGACAUGCUCUACGAUUACUCCACGCAAGACGCGUGGCUCAACCAUCCAGUGAAACGUUUCAAACCUGACAGCAAAGAUAACAAAUUCCUAAAAAACAGAGAUCUGUACUCGAUGUACCCCCACAACGGUUUUAGCCAGAUCAACGACUUAAUAAAUGCCACUAUUGUGACACAAGAAAUAAAACAGGAACCUGGAUCGUCCGACAUUGAAACUAAACCGCCACAGCAAAUUUUGAUGCACCACGGAGUUAAACGGCCCGGGGAUCCUUACGAGUUUGAAGACGACGGAAGUGGUAACCCUAAUAAUUGUAAAAUUGACGGCUUUUCAAGAACAGCCGCUCCUAUUAAAGAAGAACCAAAGGACAAAAAAGAUAUUUUGUUUACUAGUGAAGGAUUGCAGCCUUCUUAUAAGGAUUUGGAUCAGAUUUUUGAUAAUUCCGAUUAUACCAGUAGUGAUGAAGCGAUACAAAUCCAAACUCCGCCCGGUUCGGCCGGACCAACCAGCAACCAUCUUUUGCACCACGACGACUCUACAACAACCAAGCGACUUUCUGGGCACGGCCAGACAAAUUUGGGCGGUUGUCCCAACGUCGGUAUGCCUCCAGAAUUGAGCAAAAUGUUUCCUACUCCGCCUAGCUUAGAGCAUAACCCUAUUGCGUCACCUUGCGGUCAGUUGGACUUGGGACAGCAAGACUAUACCGAUUUGACUAUUGUCAGGGUGAAACAAGAGAUUUAUCCUAUGAUGGGAAGUCCGCAAGAGGAAAAUAUAGAGGAUUGGAGUUACGUUUUUAAGCCACCGGCAAGUUGUAAACUGGUCGGCAGCAGCAAAUACGCCCCAUUGAACAAUCUUCCGAGUCAAGUGCAACCUGUAGCCCUGCCCAGUAAUUGCGUGUAUAAACCCUCGUGGGUGCAACACAUGGAAAAUAGCAAAAAUCAACAACAGCAGCAAAAUGUCAAUAACAAUAGUAGUAGUAAUAAUAAUAACAACGUUAACAAAAACCCAAGUAGUAAUAAUCCAAGUAACCUUACCAGCAAUAGGAAUCGGACGCCUACGCCUUCCAUGCCGAAUAAUAUACAUCAAAAUGCUGGAAUUUUUCCUCCUAGUCCUAUUCAUCCUCCAGGAUUCAGGCCUCCACCGCCACCUUACGAACUUCCCUCUCCGGCCAAUUCUACUACGUCGUCUUACUUAAACAAAAAUAUCAACUCUGUGGAGGCAGCUCCAACGCCGCAACCCAACGUCCGAACUCCGGAAGCCAGCUCUUUGGUACUUAACAUUUUGCUCACUGAUACUGCCUUUAACAUCUUUAGAGAUCACAAUUUCGACAGUUGUACGUUGUGCGUUUGUAACGCUAGUCCAAAGGUUGUCGGUAAUAUUCGUGGAGCAGACGCAGGCAUCUACCUUCUCAACUCUGCCACUGACAAAAUGCAUGCCAGCGCCCAACCCAUAAGUCCUUAUCCCGGCUUAGGGCAACCACCGCCCUAUGGCAGCAUGAUGUCGCCCCAACAACACCACAGCUCGGAGGAGGACCACAUACGGUGCAGCUGUGGCUUUUCCGCAGUAGUCAACAGACGAUUGGCCCACGGAAGUGGACUAUUUUACGAAGACGAAAUGGAAAUAACCGGCAUAGCAGCCGACCCAGGAGAACGUAAAAAGUCUUCCUUGGUUUCUUUGCUAGCUUCGUUGAGUAAUAUAAAGCCCGACUCGAAUUUGGACCGCGAACAAUUGGAUGCCUUACCUCAUAAUUUACUAGAGAUGAUCCGGGAUCAAUUGGUGUUCUUCCCUAGUACCGCCAACGCCCUUUGUAGGGCAGCGCGAUACGUUAAACAAACCAAAGUGGGCAUGUACUCGAACGCUAUGCACGUUUUAGAGUAUUCAGACAGCAACGAAGUGACCUCUAUUGCUUUGGAACAGAGCAAGAAUUUACUCGAGAAUUUGGGCAUGUGCAAGAUUGAAAGUGACAAGUUGAAAUCGUCUAAUCCAAUCGGAGUGCAUAGGUGGCCUUAUUUGAGGGCGCCCGGGCCUCAGUGCAAUCAAGAUAUAGUUAGAGUAAUGAAAUCUUUGCAGCCUUUGCUGCAGGAUGCUAUACAAAAGAAAUGUCAAACCAGGCUGUGGGAAGCACCGUCUGCCGUUAAGGGACCUUUAACUUGGCGACAAUUCCAUAGAUUAGCUGGCAGAGGUACUGAUGACCGAUGCGAACCCCAACCGAUACCCUCAUUGAUAGUAGGGCAUGACAAAGAUUGGCUGUGUUUAUCUCCUUACGCUUUACAGCAAUGGGAAAGUUUAAUGUUAGAACCUUAUUCCUACUCGAGGGAUGUUGCUUAUGUGGUUGUAGCUCCCGAUAAUGACGCUAUUUUACCUAGAGUGAAAACUUUCUUCAAAGAAUUAUCAACAGCCUACGAAAUCUGUAAACUAGGCAGGCACAGUCCCAUUACAAAAGUGCUAAGAGACGGUAUAUUGAGAGUAGGCAAAUCGGCGAAAAUGAAAAUAGGCAACGAACCCGUAGAGGAAUGGUUUACCCUUCUAGGCGAAGGCGAAACAAGUGAUAUGCUCAAGCUGUACGCGCAAGUGUGCAAGCACCAUCUUGCACCGCAUUUGCAGCAAGUUCCUAUGGAUAAAACUUUGCUGGACCCUCCCGGAGAUGGCAGUAAUGAAAAACCCGCUCCCAGUCCGAUGCCACCUCCUAGUACUCCGGAUCCUAAUAUUAGUUCUCAGUCUUCUAUACCUGAUAAGGCUCCUUCUACACCUAAAAGCGAUCAAGAUGGAGAUGGGUUAAAAGAUAGUCCAGGUUUUGGUAGUGGUAACCUGGAUAUUUCCCAUGACGAAGAAGAUCGAGAAGCGCCCUCUGUGGUUGUUUACCUUGUUGAACCUUUCACUUUGAGCUCGGAUCAACCUGAGCUACAACGACUCGCCCUGCUAGCGCUAUUGAGGUGCUUCCAGAGCGUUUUGGCCGCCGUACCUGAAAAUAUUAGGAGUAAUAUUAGUGUACAGAUAAUUUCAUUGGAAAGUAUAGUCGAAUUAAAUAAAGCCCGAGAACGGAUGCGUCAUAGUGACCAAAUGAGAGCACUUGCAUUAAACAUCUUUUCCCAAUGCAGAAGACUACUAAUCCACACAAAUAACGUAAAAUCGCUCACCGGUUUCGGCACAGCCGCUACAGCCGAUUUGUUUUUGAAGAACAAAGACGAGAAAAAUAGAGCUCCCUACAAACUCUACACGCCACCCUACAUCCUAGCGCCGAUGCGAGAAAAAGUCGAAGCUGCCGAGGCGUUUGGCAAAGCCGCCCAAGACCAGUGCUCGGUGAUGUACGUUUCCUAUUGCCUCUCAGAGGACCAGAGUUGGUUGUUGGGCGUUUGCACCGACGAAAAGGGCGAAUUAUACGAAACAGUUACCAUCAACAUUGACAUACCCAAUAGGAGCAGACGGAAAAAGGCCUCUGCCAGACGGAUAGGAUUAGAAAAAUUGAUGACGUUCAUUUUGGGCGUCAUGUCGCAAAGUGUCAGACCUUGGAGACUUGUUGUCGCACGACUAGGGAGAAUAGGUCACGGUGAACUGAAAGGUUGGAGCUGGCUCCUCAGCAAAAAGAACCUGCUGAAAGCUUCGAGACACCUAAAAGAAAUCUGUAAUCAGUGCUCUAUGCUCUAUCCAAAUGCGGUUCCUUGUAUUCUAUCUGCUUGCCUAGUCAGCUUGGAACCGGACUCGUGUUUGAGACUCAUGCCCGAUCAAUUCACUCCCGACGAACGAUUCAGCCAGGCCAGCGUCAAUUCGCAACUCAGCACACCGCAAGAUGUGUCCUGCACUCACAUCAUGGUCUUCCCUACCAGUGCUACCACGCAAUCGUCACAAACUGCCUUCCAGGAAACGCACAUUUCUGGUGAUCUUGGAGACGAUGAAUUAUUCAAAGCUUUCGAUGACGACAUGACGGAAGGCAUCGAUAACGAAUUUACUGACAUUUUCAAUUGGGAUCAAAUAGCUUGUCAAUCGCCUACCGGAAGUCCUAGACGGGAAGACGCACCUGGAAGUCCUGGAGGUGGCGUCGUAGGCGGUAUGGAAGGUGUAUCCGGUGUACAAGGUGGAAUGCCCAAGGGACAAGAACCUAGCGAAGAAGUUGGUGUAGUUCUUCAACAACCUCUAGCUCUAGGCUACAUGGUAUCGACAGCGCCAACUGGUAAAAUGCCGCGGUGGUUUUGGACUUCUUGUCCGCACCUGGAGGGCGUGUGUCCGGCUUUUCUUAAGAACGCGCUGCACUUGCACAGUCCCAACAUUCAGAGCAGCGACGAUCUGUUCCAACAGUCCUCGCAACUCAGUAGUCAUCCGCUCGAUUCUACUUAUACUACUGAUGUGUUAAGGUAUGUUCUAGAAGGAUACAACGCCCUCUCGUGGUUAGCUCUAGAUUCGAACACGAAAGACCGUCUCUCUUGUCUGCCGGUCCACAUGCAGGUUCUCGUACAAUUGUACCACACAGCCGCUGCCCUAUUGUAAACCACUGUGUUGCUAGGCAGUCGCGCACUUAUAGGCCAAUUUUUGUACAUUACCAAAAUUGAUUAUUUUUUUUAUCUUGAGUAUAAUGCACAAAAGAAGAUCUCUUGAAAUUGAUCUCCCUUAAAAAAAAAACGAUUUUUGAAAGAAAAUACUCAUUGAUAUUGUGUGUGUAAAUAUAUAUAUAUAUAUUUUUUUUAAUUUAUUUUGUCCCUCACAAAACUUAUUACCGUCUUUUUUUUUUUUUCUUAAUUUGUACAAAAAAGAAAAUUGUGAUAUUAUUAUUAUAAUUUAAGUAUGUGUGUAUAAAUACAAGUUAUUAUGUAAUAUAUUAUUAUAAAAUGAAUCGCCGAAAUAAUAUUAUAUAAUAUAUUUUUUAAAACUGCCAAGUUGACACAGCGUUUUACAAAAAAGGUAAAGCAAAAAUUAGGUUAGUGAUCAUGUGCUUCUUUCUUUUAAAUUAUUAUCUCACAGUGUUAUUGUUUUGUUUUAUAUUUUUUUGUUAUUUGUUUGAAAUGUUUUAUACGAAAAACGACAAGGAAAGUCUUACCAAAAAUACUAGAUACGCACACAUACACUUUUUCUCUUCCACUCAUUUUUGAUAAGAAUUUUUUUUUUUUUUUGGCUCUCAUAAUUUAAAUCAUUUUUUUCUUAAAUCUAAUAGUUAGUUGUGGUAUCCUAUACAGGGUGUCCAGAUAAUAGCGUAAAAACACUAUGUAGUGGAGGACCCUGUUGUCGGAUCAAUUUUUUCCCGUUGUAAUUUAGAGAUUUUGCAAUUUUACUCAAAGGAUCAUCUACUACAUAGUUUUUAUGCUAUUUUUCGGACAACCUGUAUAAAGUGUAUUGUAUGUGUAUUUAUUUUUUGUUAAAAAGAAUGUAAAUAAGACAAGUAGUGUGCAAAAACACAAGAAGAGGAAAACAAACAAAAAAAAAAUAACCAUAGACUGAAACAGUUAUUUUUUUGUUUUAAUUUCAUAGCUAAACAACAAGGAAUAAUUAUGGUUUAUUUAGCAAAAAUAAUCAAAUUUUGUAAAUAAUUGAAUCAAAAAAAGUAGCGAGAUUUACUACAUUAACUACUGCUAGAAAAAUGUACUGGGAAUGGAAAAAUAUUUACGAAAAAUCAUCUAUUAUUAAGGGAAAUCGUUAUCGAUACAUGUAUCUGAGAUUUGUAUCCAUGUUUCAACUUCUCCUACAUGUUGAAAUGAGCUCAGAAAACAUCAGUUAUUAUGAAAUAUGUUAUGCUUCUUGACUUCCUGAACAUAAGUUCUCGUAGGCCCAAAAAGAUCCUAUGAUUAGUUUCGGAGAUACAGGACCGAUAAAAAAAAAGUAGUACAAGAACAAUCUCCAGAAUCUGCUGGUACAUUAGUUUAAUUCAUAACCAAAAAUGACAUAUUUUUGGCAUAACUAUCUGCAAGAUAAAUUUACCGUUCUCUAAUUCUAUUAGUCGGGGGAUAACUGGUUGACCAAUGGGAUUACAGAUUGCUAUUUCAUCUGUCACAUUUUAACUGUUACUGAAAAGCCACCAUAAUUCUCAACCCUCUAAUUGUAAAAUUGCAAACAUCCCCACAUACAUUUUUCUUGCAGUAGCCAAAACUAUUUUAUCAGUAAAAAUUACUCUUCGUCUAUUGAAUGUCUUUUUUUGUUCCAAAUAAGUAGAAACUCCGAGUGAAAUGUUCUAAAUUUUAAGAGUAACCUGGGGCCAAAAAGUUAAAUAGUAAGGGUUGCCUCAGAAAACUAAAAAGCAGCUAAAACGUUGUGAAAAUCGCAAAAAAUUGCGUCAAUUAAAAUAAACAAAUUUUUUGUCUCACUCGGGCGUUAAGUGUUAAAUUAUUGAUAAUCAAAUAUUGUCUAUUCACGAUCUGUAGUCUAAAGGUACAGGUAAAAUUUAUCACUUUUUAAUGCUAUUUGAUAUGGAAAGGUGAUAAAUUUACCUGUACUUUUAGACUACAGAUUGUGAAUAGGAUAUACAUAAUAAUAUUCUAAAAGUUAUUUUUUGUUUAUUUUAUUUGUUUGGCAGUAUUUUUUUUUUUACCUCUCUUGUACUGUAUAAAUUAUUUUUUCCUGUACGAUUUUUUUGUCUAUAUGCAUAUAACUAUUUAUAUACCUACUUAAUUGUUUAUUUUUAACACUUUAUAAAUAAUUAUUUUUUAUUAAAUUAUAUUUAGGAUUGUUUUAUUUUUUUUUUAUUAGAAAUAAUUGAAUAUUAUUUUUUUUUUUUGUAAAUAAUAUAGUAAUAAUUGUUGUAUAAGAAUAUGUCAAUUUUUAGGGAAUUGGGGAAUAUAAAGUUAGUUAAAUAAAUUGUACAUAAUUUUAUUGACAUUAGUUGAAUUUAGUGAAAUACACAGGAAAUGUUAAUAACUUUAUAAAUAAUUAUAUACGUAUUAAUUAGGUAUUAUUAAUAAACCACUCUAUGAGUAUAAUUUUAGAAUUUUAUUUUUUUCACAAAAUUCCUGUAUGAAAUUUCGAGUUGUUGUAUUUGAAAAAGGGUUUUUGGUGUAUUCACGUUUCUGAGGUAUAUGAGUACAUUUAUUUUUCGAACAAUUUUCCAUUCGAACCAUUUCCCAUUCGAACAAUUUUUCUUUCGAACAAUUUUCCAUUCUAACAAUUUUCCUAUCAAACAAUUUUCCGUUCGAACAAUUUUCCGUUCGAACAAUUUUC